CUUCAGUUGUGUGUUGUGUUGGAUUAAAUUGGCGCUGAUUUCAAAAAUAUAGAGCAAGUGAUUACGCGAAAAGAUAAUGAUAAGAUAACACACCCAUUUCAUACAGAUAACAAAGUGACUAGGUACGAGUAUUUUUUAACAUGAAGUGAUUGUUUUUGUGGUGAAAGUCAUGGAGGAGCAAAUUCGGACCCCUAAUCGCGUGGAGCGAGGAGAGAGCAGGGUGGAAGAUCUUCAUUUGGACAGAGUUGUGGCUUCACAGCCGGAGAUUGGACCUACACCACCAGACGGCGGCUACGGAUGGCUGAUUGUUGUGUCAGCAGUGAUAUACCACAUCACUGUACCCGCGUUGUCGUCGAUGUAUGGACUGAUAGUGUUGAAGGCAAUUCGCGAGGAAGACCAUGAGUCGGACGAGUUGAUGCAGAUAUGGGACGUGGACAUAACUUUGGUGCCUGUAAUAGCUGUGGUGAUAAGGCUCUUGCUGGAAUCAUGGUGCAGGGCCGUGGUGAAACUGUGCCACAUGCCAAGGUUCAUGGCCCUCUCGGGACUGUGCCUGACAGUGUCCGGAGUUUUGCUGUCCAGCUACGCGACAGAGGCCAACAGUAACGACCACAUCAUAAACAUAUUUGCGGGGAUAUUUAUAGGUCUAGGAUGCGCUUUAACAGGCCAGCAAACCGAAGUGAUCAUAACGCACUACUUCAGAGAGAAGCUGACGAUGGCCCAGAGAAUCGUGCGCAUGGCACCCUCAGUGGGGAACUGCCUCGUUCCCAUCAUUGUUGGCUACCUCUGCACCCAGUACACCGGGGACGUGGUCGUCAUGAUCUACGGGGCUAUUGUCAUGCAGAACUGCAUCUUCUUAGCGUCGUACACUCGACCCAUUUACAUCGAAAAGGUCAUACGACACACCUACAAUAUGCUAAGAGAUGCUAUGGAAGAUGAAGAUGAAGUUAUAUACUCCAACGUGGCUCGACGCGUUGAACGCCAAUCACAGAGUAACCUGCAAGAGGAACCGUUGCCAAGCACAGCACAAGACGAAGACGCCAAUGAUGUCGUCGUCUUUAACUCCAAGAAGAAUGCCAAAGAGAUUAUGGACCCCUCCAUCCAGUAUAGAGAGAACAGAUCAAUAUCCACCACAGAGAACAGGUUUUCUUCAGACUUCAGCUCUUAUGACGUUCCAAAUCGGUUUUCAUCAGACUUCGGUAGUCUGGACAUUAACAGCUAUGCUCGCGUGAAUGGUUACCAGGAGUUGGAGAAUAUUGACAGGCAGAACCCUCAGCCUUUGUACAGAGAGACGACGGUGAAUGCUCCAGCGAACAGCGUGGUGUUUGCAGCUGAAGUGUCCCCUGGCACAGCUAGGAGAACAGCGUCUAUGAAGAAGAACUUCAUCACGAUCACGAACAUGUUACGGGAUAUUAAUUUCUAUUUGUACGCGUUGCUGCAUCUUUGUACGACCUUUUCGAUUCUCGUGCUGGGCGUGGCGUUCCCACCUUUGAUCUGGGAACAGAACCCGUCAAUGAAUAUUUGGUCGGUGGCAACGCUCAUAGCAGUGGCUCACGGCUCAGCAUUAUGCUUCAUAAUGCUGUGUGUCGUGCUGCCCAAAUCUAUCAACGAGAAGGCGCGGCUGUGCGCUGCGUUCUGCGUCGCGGGCGCUAUGGGCUUUUAUGGUAUCACCCUCUUCAGCAACAAAAGCCUGCUAGUAGUAUGGUGCAUGCUAGCCAGCUUCGCGACAGCAGCGUCCAGCAUACUCCAACAACCACUAUACAAUAGCACUCUCAACGAGUUUGACACAACGGCCACGAUGACAGCGUCAAAUACCAUCGUCGCCAUCUUUAUUAUGGCGUGGUCUUUGGCAUUUAAUUAUGAAUACAGGACUUGUUUCUUGACUGCUAGUGUUCUUCAGACUGUGACUGCUUGCAUGUUCUUUGCCUUGUCUUUUAGGAGGAGGCGGUAAUUUGUUUGUAUAUUGGUUUCAUGGCCUGUCUAUAUCUUUAUAAGUCUGUUUCCCAAUUGGUAUACCCUACCUACCAUGCCUUUCACUAAAUUAUGAAUUUAUAUAUUAGUAUGUUUAAGUAUUAGUGUUAUGGGGUAGGUACCUAAAUUAUGCAAUACAAAUAAUAGGGUAUUUUAGUCUAGAUGAGAAAAAAAUUUAAAGUGAAUUACAAUGAUUGUUUAGAGGAAAAGCAAUCGGGAAAUGUUAGUUUCACUUCGUAAGGUACAUAAAUAUAUUUUUUAUUGCAGUUUAAAGUUUUUAGGUUUUUUUAUCUGUCUUUGAACACUACGAAAUGUCGCCGCCAUGCUAAUGACGUCAUUACGGUAGUUAACAAAAGUGUCAGUUAAAAUUUUCAAUACAUACCUAUCAAAAUAUGUAUUACUGACAGCUGUAGUAGCGUAAUGACGUCAUGACCAAAAAACAAUCAUGGCGUCCGUUGUGUGCCGCGUUUUCGCGAAAUACGCGCGAAAUUUGAAAUUAUGAUAAAACAAUUAAUUUAUAUUCGUACAUAACGUGAGAAAAAAAAAUAUUUUUAAUUUUUUAGAGAUAUAUUAAGACUAAAGAAUUUAUUUAAGAUAUAUUUCAAAAAUGCAUGUAAUACCCUAUUAUCUUCUCUAUUUACCGAGCAAAAAAGCAGACAAUUUUAAGCAGUAAUUGUGUAUAUCACACUUUUCUUUCUACAUAGAAUUUAAGGAUUUAUUCGACACGGUAACUUGACUUUUCUAGGCUACUUUGCGGAAUUUAAAAAAAAGUUACUCCGUCUUGUCAAAAUAUACCUAAUACCUAAGAAUAAAUUAUGGUUGUGUUUUUUUCUUUUAAUAACAGUUAGAAUAUGUGUACAAGUUAAAUUAAGAUUUCUUGUUAUUUUAUACAUAGGUAAUAAAUUUUAAUUUUUAUAUAAUUAAUUAUACAAAUACAAAUUAUUUACAUUAAGAUAGGAUUACAUAAGAUGUUUGUAAGUUAACAUAAACAUAAAUGUACCUUGUUGUUUAAUUUUAUGUAAAUAAUUUCUUGCCGUAAAUAACAUAAAACGAAGUCGUAAUUAAAACAAUAAAAAUUAAGUAAGUUGUUUAUUUUUAAGAGAUCACAUCUGUUGCAGUCUGUAAAAAAAAUAUGUAUCACAUCUAUGGUAGAAAACGCACUGGGCAGCGAAGAACACUGCCGAUUUCUAUAACCUAUCUAUCUUUUGUUUUGCGAUUAGAAAUUGAAUUUCGCAUAAAAGACGCUGCUUACGUGACGAGAUAAUACCUCGAACGGGACGUAACGGGACCGUGAUGCCCGUUCAGUCUUUGUAUAGAAACGAUAAUUCCAAAUCCGUCCCUAAAACAUCAUCACGUGUGCAGCAGCCUUUAUAUGGAGCAAAUGUCAAAACUCGCAAAGAAAAGGAUAGAUAAGUUAAAUAAAUCUACGGUAACAAAAACCUAAUUCUGUCCAAUGCGUCACCUACUCUCUACUACAGAAUAUCGUGUGACAAAGAACUGGAGAAAAUUUUCAUAAGAAAGAUUAUAAUAUGGAAUACGUAUAGAAGUAAUUUACACGGCCCUUGCUAUAUACAAAAAUGAGUAAUAUCAAUUUUGGACCUUAUUUCAUAUGAAAUACAGUUCAUAAUUCGAGGACUAAAGUCAGAAGACGGGUUAAUCUAUGGUCAGGUGAAACAUAGCCAAUUUCUAAAUUAAACCUCCACGCUACUAAAUCCAGUACCUAUCAAACACCAUUUAUUCUACUUAAUAUCGAAAACUAAUAAGUACGAAUUUAGAAACUUGGUUAAACUCUAAAUCAAAUGGCUAUGCUAUAAUCCUGUACGUGUUUACACAUGUCACAAAAUGAUUUUAAAAUAUAAAUAUUGCAUAAGUUGCUUGUAAGCCAAUAAAAUUUUACAAUGUUAACUUUUAAGUCGCCUCUCUAAGAUUUUAUUAAACCUUGAAUAAUGUAGGAAUUAUCUAAAGUACUGUGGAGGCGACAAGUCUAUUAUCACAAGAAAUAGUAAAAGAAUAAAAUAAUAAGCUCAAAUAAAGCCGGUUUUAAGACCAAAAUAAAGCUGAAAGUUGCUUACGUAAAAGAUUUGGUACUUCUACAGCGCCAAAGGACCAUAUUCAUAAGAUUUUUUAAACCAAGUUGACAGUAAUAAAUUCAGUAAAUAAAUAUGAUAUGUACGUAAAAAGUAAAUAAUUUUAAAGACUAUUCUAUUUUUAUUGUAAUUCAUAAUUCGAAUAAAUAAUAAUUUUAAUACUAAAAAUGUCAUUUUUU